AAAGUAUCGAUAAUUUUUCGAUAUUAUUUCAUUAAUCGAAUUGCAUUUGGCGCCAUUGUUGAUUUACGAUGUCACUUCGAAAUAUCGUUCGAAAAACAGGUAUUAAUGUUUAUGGAUGUUUUCCUCAAUGUUUCGGCGUAAUAAAUGCAUUGUUAGGCAUGACUACGAUGGCUUGUUCUAACUUUCCAAAGUCUCUCAAUGAAUUUGGAUAUGAUUUUGAUGCAGAUGGAAGAUUAAAGAAAUUAAAUACAGAAACAGGUUUAUUGAUUAAUGAAGGUUUUGAGUUUAAUGUAAGCGAAAAUCCACAAUACAACCAAAAACGUUAUGAAGCAUUAGGUGAAGUUAUUAAUGAAUAUGUAUAUGAUUUGUUGGAAAAAGAAGGUUUAAAUAGAUUGCCAUUACCAAAACAAAGUUCUGUUACAAUAGACAAAAGGUCUUUUAUAUUUGCAUCAAAUGAUGCUUUAGAAAAUGAAAAAAUAUUAAUUUUGAUUCAUGGUAGUGGUGUUGUCAGAGCUGGACAAUGGGCUAGACGUUUAAUUAUAAAUGAUAGCCUUUUUACUGGAACUCAAAUACCAUAUAUUAGAAAAGCUAAAGAUUUGGGUUAUGGAUUGUUUGUAUUAAAUACCAAUGAUAACAUCAGAAUAAUUAAAGGGAAACCAAAUAAAAUUAAGGGUAGUGGAGAUCCACAUGAACAUUUGAAAACAGUAUGGAAUGACUAUAUUGGACCAUCAAAUUCCAAAUAUGUUGCUGUAGUAGCACACAGCUAUGGUGGAGAGUGCAUAGUUAAAUUUGCAAUGGAUCAUGCUGAGGAAUUUAAACGAAAAGUUUUUGCAGUUGGGUUAACAGAUUCUGUACAUAUUGUACCAUCUAAAGGAUUUGAACAUGUAGUGAAGGGAGAUGAUUUGACCAUCUGCGGCUUGCCGAUCGACAAAAGCUCCGCGUGGUUCUCUUUAUUAGCGUUCUACGUUACCGAGUGGUACUUCAGCUUCUCUUUUCACUCGAUAUCCAAAAACUGGGUAUGUUCGGAUAAGCCUUUGGAUACAUCAGUGCUUUGUCCGAGUGGAGAUAUAGAGCGAGUUUCUGCUGGUCAUACCGUUCAUGAGAUGUCAUCAUCUUCGUGCAUCGAUUCUCUCUUUCGUUUUAUAGAAGAUCGUUAUAGAAAUAUACAUGAUAUUACAAAGGCUUGAAAAAAGAGGACUUAUUUUUUAGAGGCAUAGUUAUAAAUUAUCUUCAAGUAAAAUCCAAUGUUCAUCGAAAAUAGUUAGCUAGUAAUCUAGAUUAACUUAGCACAGAUGCUCCUGAUUAUGUGGUAAGGUUACUUGGUUGAUCUAAUCUCUCGUAAGAGCAGCCCGUUUUCCAGAGACAAAAAGCAGAGCAUCACGCGUCUCGGCUAAUUGCAUUACAGUAAUUAUAUUAUGUCUCUUAGUUCUCCUACUAUACAAUAAAGGCGCUUAAUGCUACGUGGAUAUGAUCAUAGUCGUUUCUGAUUACAAGUUUCAGUUUCUUGGAUAUAAAU